AUGUUUUGGAGUGGGGGUGGCUUCAGCCCGUCUGGUGUUGACAGCCCUGCUGAAGGGGCGUUGCUGUACGUCGCAUCAUGGCUUGACUUCGCUGGCUCUGUGCCGUUCAUGCGUGAGGCGAUGCUGGUCCUAUUGUUGCUGUUCGUCAGCUUUGUGAAUGUUGUUGUGGGAGAAUUAUGGGGGUGGUGGAGGGAGCGUUCGUCGCGUCAUUCCUCGGGGGUGGUGGAACGGCGGGUGUCGGUGAGUUUGGCGCCGCUUACCGUCGGCAUGAUAUCGGAUCGCAACGCGCUGUUGCAGAAUGCCAUAUUGUUUUACCUGCAUAGAACCUUCUGGUGCGCACCCCUCCCGGCGUCUGUGUGGAAGGGUAAAGUGGCGCUACUGCUGCUCAUUGAUCCGAUGCGUAGUGCAUGGCGCGAGCGCUACGACUCUCCCUUCCGUGUUGACGUGAACGACGAGGAUGUGAACACGUUUUCCGAGAACGUCAACUGGCGCACACAGAGGGAGCUACAGAGGUACGUCCUCGUCAAGGUGCCGACGAUGGGUGCGUGGGUUCCUGCGAGUGACGACGGCAUCGAACUGACCUACGAGCGCAAUCGGGAGUCACUUCAGGGCUCGGAGGGGGUGCGGCGCACGAUCGUGCUGCGUGCAAAAGGUGGCGCUGAGGCGGCGGGGCGCAUUGAGUCGUUUGUGAAGCGCGCGCUCAACCACUACGUUGAGAACCUGCCCAAUGUGCUGAAUGACGGCCGCGUCUUUCUUGAACUGCAGCCGCCGGCCCGCGGCGGCGGAAGUGAGUCGCGCGUGCAGUUUAAGCGCUACCCGCUCAGCGAUAACAAGGCCUUUGACACACUCUUCUUCCCUGAGAAGCCCCGCAUCCUCAAACUCGUCGACGACUUCAUGGCGCGGAAAGGGCGCUUCGCAACGGAAGGGUUUCCGGUCAAGCUCGGCUUUCUCGUCUACGGGCCGCCGGGCUGCGGCAAGACGGCGUUUGUGAAGGCGCUCGCCGCAUACACGCGCCGCCACGUGGUGUCAGUGCGCCUGCCGUUUGUGCGCUCCAAUCAGGAGCUGUACGAUAUAUUUCUUAACAACGAGUACUACUGCGUCGGUGAGUCGGGUCUCACGUUGUUUUCGGCGAAAGAUGUAAUAUUUUUGCUAGACGACGUGGACGCCUCAAGCGCGUUGGUGCGCUCUCGUGUUCAGCGUCGGUGUUUGCGCAAGCGUCGCACUGCAACACUUGAGGCAAGUGGUGGGGGAGGCGACGGCGGUGAUGAUGCUUCACCCGUUGCUGAGCCUGCUGCUGCUGUUGUUGUUGAGGGGUCGUCCGCCAUUGCGCAGGAGACACAAGGCGCCAACGGCGUUACGGGCGGUGACAGUAGAAAGGUGGGGAAGGGAGACGACGACGACGACAAGAAGGACGAAGACGACGACUACAGUGAUGAUAAUGAUGAUGAUGAUGACGAUCAUAGCGAAAAGGAUAACGCGAAUGACGAUGGCGGCCGCGACGAUGAAGGGUUGGCGAGUGCGCAGCACAUCGACCUCGUCAGUCAGCUGCUGCAGGGCGUCCUUGGCUCGAAGCCGUCCCACGGCGCCUCGGCCAAGGGAUCGCUGUUGAAGUUGCUGCAUUCGUCAGACACUCUGAACCUCUCUGGGCUGUUGAAUGUACUUGACGGUGCCGUCGACACGCCUGGCCGCAUUGUGGUGAUGAUCACAAACCGUCCUGGGCGGCUUGACGCAGCGUUGGUGCGGCCCGGUCGCCUCAGCACGACACUGCGCCUCGACUACAUUCAACUGCCGGCCAUGCUGAGCAUGCUGGGGCUGCACUUUGGUUCCGUCGUGCACGCUGGGAGCAACAAAACCAACUGUCACAUAGGUGAGGAUGAUGUCAAGGUGAAGGAGGAUCCAGCAGGUAGGGGUGCAGGCAAGACUGGCUCAGUGAAUCCCACGACGAAGCCUCCUCUGCCGGAGCUGAGUGCCGCCGAUGCCACACGUGUGCGUGAGACCAUUGCUGCUCUUCACGCCGGGAAGAGCCAACGAGUGGGUGGCGCCACCGGUCUUGUUAUCUCCCCAGCGGAGGUUGAGGCGAUGUGCGCAGUGUCCUCAACACUUGACGAAUUCCUUAGUCACCUCCAAUCGCGUUUCACAGAAUGCGAAGGAGGAAGUGUAAUUGAUCAGACGAGAGCGCCUGCUGCCAGUUAA